UAACAAACUUCGCACAAAACGCCUAAGAUAGUCAAUCUAAUAUUCAAGCAACCCUUAGAUCGAGUUCUCAAUCAUGAACUCUCACACUCUUCUAUUUCGCUUCACUCAUUUCUUUCUCAUAAUCCUCUUAACCUCUGUUUCUUCUACCUCACCCCACAAAAUUCCAAGGCUUAGUGUAUUCCAUGAAACGAUCACAAGAGGCACAUCUAAGACCAUCUCAACCUUUGUUUCAGAGGACUUGGAAACCUUUUUCUACCCUCAAACACUUGAUCACUUCAACUACCAGCCAGGGAGCUAUGCAACUUUCAAACAAAGAUACGUAAUCAACUACAAGCAUUGGGGUGGCGCGAAUGAAAGCGCGCCAAUCUUUGUUUACCUUGGCGACGAGGCACCGAUCGAUGGUCAGCUUGAACUUGGGUUUCUUAUUGAGAAUGCUUCUCAUUUCAAAGCUCUCCAAGUUUAUAUAGAGCAUCGGUUUUAUGGAGAAUCAAUUCCUUUUGGAACAAUGGAAGAUGCAAUGAAUAGUGAAACCACUCGUGGUUAUUUCAAUUCAGCUCAAGCUCUUGCAGAUAGUGCAGAGUUGAUCAUUUACUUGAAGAAAAAGCUAUUUGCAUAUAAUUCCCCGGUUAUUGUUUCUGGAGGAUCAUAUGGGGGAAUGCUAGCUUCAUGGUUCCGGCUGAAGUACCCCCAUGUUGCCCUCGGAGCUCUGGCCUCAUCAGCUCCGAUCCUUUACUUUGAUGACAUCACUCCAGAUGACGCUUACAUUACCGUCGUCACCAAAGAUUUCAGAGAAGUUAGUAAGAAUUGCUACAAAACGAUACGACAAUCGUGGUCCGAAAUCGAUAGAGUCAGUUCCCACCCCAACGGUCUCUCAUACCUAAGCCGGAAAUUCAAGACAUGCGCUCCAUUGAACGAUGCGGAGGACCUCAAGGACUACUUAAUUGGAAUGUAUACUGGUGCAGCACAAUAUGAUGAGCCACCAUCGUAUCCUGUUGCAAAGGUCUGUGGGGGAAUUGAUGGAGCAAAAGGAAAUGAUGUUCUUGGCAAGAUAUUUGCAGGUAUUGUUGGCUUGAAUGGAAUCCAGACAUGCUAUGUCAACCCAGUCAAUAAUACUCCAACGGAAACAGAUAUAGGAUGGAAUUGGCAAGCAUGCAGUGAGAUGGUGAUACCCAUCGGCGUUGGCGGCAAAGACUCCAUGUUCCAACCAGAUCCUUUCAAUCUACAGCAAUACAUCAUGGAUUGUACAAGUUUUUACGGGGUCCCGCCACGGCUCAACUGGGCCACAACCUACUAUGGGGGUUAUGACAUAAAAUUGGUUCUCCAGAGGUUUGCCAGCAACAUUAUUUUCUCCAAUGGUCUUAGAGAUCCUUUCAGCAGUGGAGGGGUGUUGGAGGACUUGUCAGACACUAUUCUUGCUGUUUAUACUGCUAACGGAUCUCAUUGCUUGGAUAUUCUUAUGGCAACGGAAACUGAUCCGCAAUGGUUGAUAGAGCAAAGAAAGGUGGAAGUUAAGAUCAUUGAAGGGUGGCUCAAAACAUACUAUGCAGAUUUUAGUGCUUUGACGUAGUAGAUUGAGAUUAAGAGAAAUACCACAAAUAAAAUCAAAUUUAAUAAACAUGCUCAUUUUUGUGAUUUU